CCAUAUUUUGGGCUUUAGGUUAUAGUAAUGGGCCCAAAAGUGAGUCUCUCGUAACAGAGCAAUUUUUAGACAGACGAAGAAGAAGAAGAAGAAGCAGAGAAUCGAUUGACACGAAUCUUCAUCUUCCUCUUACUCUUAAUCAGGCUUGUUCUUCAGUUUCCAUCACUUAAGGUUUUCGUAUUUUCUCGAAAGAUUCAACGGAAAAGAUAGAGAUAGAUAGAUGGAGGAGGAAUUUGUUAUGAUUGAUCUUGAUGAAGUUUCAAGGCACAUUGAGAUUCCAUCAGAUGCUCCUUAUACUUUAUCAGGUUUGGAUACUUUGAAUCCGGUGUUGACCAUUGAUGGCAAAAUCAAGCUGGUUGGAGAAUAUAUUGAAACGAUUGGUACAUGCCUUGCUUUCUCUGAAAAGGAAGAAGUUUCAGCAAGUGAAAACCAGAUGCCACAUAAGAAGAUAAUUGAACCUGUUGCAAAACUCCACAAGAUUCUUAAGUUUAGAUUAGCAGCAUUAGACAAUGAUGAUGGAGAAACAAAAACAAACAAUUUGUAAUAGUUUUUCCCUUGUUUAAGUCAUUGGAGAGCUGAGUUAUGGGUAUGUGUAGAAAGGUUACAAAUUUUUUUAAAUGAUUAGGAAUGAUAAUUCUCAUUUCAUGUUAAAAGAUUUUUUUGGACUUGCUUA